AUGAACACCAGCAUUCAAGAAAUGACAUGCAAAUCAAUCGAGCUAGACGGCUUCGGCUCCGUCGCAGACGACGCUUGGUUCGACCAACACACUGCGCCCAUGGACGGAGAGGAAGAGACUGGGGCGCAUCCCUAUCAAGCCGCAGCUCUUAAAGCGUACCUGAAAGGCGACUUUAAGCCAACAGAGACAGUUGCCGCUAUGACCAUACCUUAUGGCUCCGAGAAGAAGACCGACCUGCAAGGCCGCGUACUAGGCAUAAUCGAAGACGCCCUUUUUGAGCUGCCCGAAUGCCACACGCUAGCGCUCAUCAACCUACUAAAGGAACUUAGCCAGCACAGCGACCCAGUCUGGAAAAGUCUCAGGAGCUUCGGCAACUCGUGGUCAGAUAGAUGGAAGCAGAGCCACUGGCGUAAAGCGCUGGCGACGCGGGAUCCAGCCACAAGAGCGAAGAGGCGUGAGGCCCACGUGCACCUAGCUUUUGUGGAAGCAUCUUGUGCAAUGGCUGCUCCCGGACCAAAUGCUGAAGAUGGUCUAUUGCCAUUAAGCUGGGGCUAUGAGUGUAUCUCCGAGGCGCUUGAAUGCCAGGAUGCAGUGUGGGACUUUGAGGUACCUGCUGCAGCGGUGUGGAUUGAGAUAGCCAGAGAAAGACUUAAAGAGGGUGCGAAGAAAGGCGAGAAAUCCUGGGCGUUAGAGAGAGAGGGGAGGCUUUGGACGGGACCGAUGAGCAUGGAUCGGUGGAAUUUCUGGUUGCAAAGGCUCGAGGAGAUUGAGAAGGUUGACAAGGUUAUCUCGACGGCGAGUGAAGGCGGGGUGCUCUUGAGCUCAGGGUAA